AUGGCAAUCUUCAACAGAAAGAACAAGGACAAGGAGCCUCAGGCCGAUGGCCCCACUCAGAAAGAAAAGGUCAAAUGGUCAAAACGGCCAGCAAAUACCGCGUUCAAGCAACAGCGGCUCAAAGCUUGGCAGCCUAUCCUUACGCCAAAGGCUGUUCUACCGACCCUCUUCAUCAUCGGUCUGAUCUUUGCUCCCAUCGGAGCGCUGAUCGUCUGGGGAAGCGGACGUGUCACGUCCAUCACGCUAGACUACACAAAUUGUGACACCGCCGCCCCGACCGGCGAUGCUUUCCAAGCCAUGCCCAGCGGAUCAUAUGAAUAUGCUCUCGCGACAUCGUCCAAAAUCUCCGCUUCCUCGAUCAACGCGCCAUCUUGGCGAUUCAGUAACGUCUCCUCGCGUCCCCUUGGUCAGCGCGCCCAAUGCGAGAUUCAGUUCAAUGUCCCUUACAACCUCGGACCUGGCGUAUUCCUAUACUACCGUCUUACCAACUAUUACCAAAACCAUCGACGCUACGUGCAAAGCAUGGACUCUGACCAGCUGCAAGGGAAAUAUCGCUCAGCGGCGGACCUAGACGGCGGAGACUGCAAACCCAUCACUUCGGAAGGGGGUAAACCAUACUAUCCCUGCGGUCUCAUCGCCAACAGCGUCUUUAAUGACACCUACCCCUCGGUAGUCCUCGUGAACGCACCAAAUGGCGGAGCAGACCAAACGUACAACUUUACCGAGAAGGGAAUCGCAUGGGGUGGUAUCGCUCAAAACUACGUCGCCACUCCCGGCUAUGCGUCUCCGUCCGAUGUGCUUCCGCCACCCAACUGGCAAGCGCAAUUCCCAACCUAUACAGAGUUCCCGAACCUUCGAGAAAAUGAGCACUUCCAGGUGUGGAUGCGGAUCGCCGCACUGCCUACCUUCCGAAAGCUGUGGGCACGGAACGACCGCGAAGUCAUGGCCGAGGGAACAUAUCGCAUCACUGCAAAUAUGAACUACCCCGUCAAGCAAUUCUCCGGCACAAAGUCCAUUGUCAUUUCGACCGUCGCGUGGAUCGGCGGCAAGCAACCCUUCUUGGGCUGGGCAUACAUUGCCGCCGCCAUCCUCUGCGUCCUCCUUGCUGUGGCCGGAUUGGUCCGGCACUUGGUCAAGCCUCGGAAAUUGGGCGAUAUGAGCUUACUUUCUUGGAACCAGCCUCAGAGAUAG